GCAGCAACGCCCCUCGCUAUAAAUUUGUAGCUGCCUUCGUAGAGAAUGAUUCCAGCGCCUGUCAGCCAAGGGCGCCAGGCAGUGGGCGACUGAGCGCCUGGGCGGACGCAAGUCUAGCAGCUCUGCCGGCCCGAGGCGGCGAUCCAUGGGGAGGAACCCGAGCGGACCCCGGGAGUGAGGGCGCACCCCGCACCAGCGCCACCAGCUCGGCCGGACGUGGGCGCAGCGUCCCGAGUGGCGAUUUGAUACAUGAUAAAUUGGUCUAAAAUGGCUGAGGUUAUAUCUGAAUAAGUCACUGAAGCCACCCCAGAAGGUCUGCAUCCAGAAAUGUUCUUCGGCUACAACAACAACUACUCAUUGCCCUUAUGGAUCAGUAAAGCAGUUGGGCAGAGGAGACAAGUAACAGAGACUCAAACUAAGUAACUGAAACUCUUUGGUUGACAAACUUGGAGAGAUUAUCAAACAUUAAACUAGGCAAAAUCCAACUUAUCACAACUAGAUGUCAGAAGGAGAGCAAAUAAGUAAAUGAAUCCACUUUAAGGUGCAUUCGGCAUAGUGUCUGAGACCAACUAACCCAGGAGAUCAAAAUGAUCCUCAACUCUUCCACCGAAGAUGGUAUUAAAAGAAUCCAAGAGGACUGUCCCAAAGCUGGAAGGCACAAUUACAUAUUUGUCAUGAUCCCCACUUUAUACAGUAUUAUCUUUGUGGUGGGAAUAUUUGGAAACAGCUUGGUGGUGAUUGUCAUUUACUUUUACAUGAAACUGAAGACUGUGGCCAGUGUUUUUCUUUUGAAUUUAGCACUGGCUGACUUAUGCUUUUUACUGACUUUGCCACUAUGGGCUGUAUACACUGCUAUGGAAUACCACUGGCCCUUCGGCAAUUACCUAUGUAAGAUCGCUUCAGCCAGCGUCAGUUUCAACCUCUAUGCCAGUGUGUUUCUACUCACAUGUCUAAGCAUUGAUCGCUACCUGGCUAUUGUGCACCCAAUGAAGUCCCGCCUUCGGCGCACAAUGCUUGUGGCCAAAGUCACCUGCAUCAUUAUUUGGCUGCUGGCUGGCUUGGCCAGUUUGCCAACUAUAAUCCACCGCAAUGUAUUUUUCAUCGAGAAUAUCAAUAUCACAGUUUGUGCUUUCCAUUACGAAUCCCAAAAUUCAACCCUCCCCGUAGGGCUGGGGCUAACCAAGAAUAUACUGGGUUUCUUGUUUCCUUUUCUGAUCAUUCUUACAAGUUAUACUCUUAUUUGGAAGACCCUAAAGAAGGCUUAUGAAAUUCAGAAGAACAAACCAAGAAAAGAUGAUAUUUUCAAGAUAAUUAUGGCAAUUGUGCUUUUCUUUUUCUUUUCCUGGGUUCCCCACCAAAUAUUCACUUUUCUGGAUGUACUGAUUCAGUUGGGCAUCAUACAUGACUGUAAAAUUUCAGAUAUUGUCGACACCGCCAUGCCCAUCACCAUUUGCUUAGCUUAUUUUAACAACUGCCUGAAUCCUCUCUUUUAUGGCUUUCUGGGGAAAAAAUUUAAAAAACAUUUUCUCCAGCUUCUGAAAUACAUUCCCCCAAGGGCCAAAUCCCACUCAACCCUGUCAACAAAAAUGAGCACGCUUUCCUACCGCCCCUCAGAAAAUGGAAGCUCAUCUACCAAGAAGCCUGUCCCAUGUAUUGAGGUUGAGUGACACACUUGAAACCUGUCUGUGAAGUCAUCUUGUUGAAGAAGGAGCAAGAGAAACAUUCCUCUACAACACUUCACUACCAAAUGAGCGUGAGCUACUUUUCAGAAUUAAAGAAGCAAAUGGAUUAUGUGUACUGAACUGACUUUUCUAAAGCUCUGAACAAAAGCUUUCCUCUCCCUUUGCAGCUAAACAAAGCAAAGCCACAUUUUGCAUCAGACAGACGACGUCCACUCAAAGAGUGAUGUCAGAAACUGGACGAGUGUGUUGAUUUGGAAAAGUUUACUGGUAGAAACGCCAUCUCCCCAGUCUGCUCUUGUUCCGUUAUUUUUGAUUUCCACAUAAAGGUACUUAGAAUAUAUUAAAACUUGAGAGGAGCAACAGGAAAUCAGAGCUCAAGAUUGCUCUGCCCAACUUCCAAAGGGCAGCAAAGCUUUUGUGCCUAUUUACCUAUUAGCAACUGUGGCCCACUUGUACCUGCUACUGCACAUUUUAUACAAAGACUUGCUAAGCAGUAGUUGUCAGGUUGCGGAAGUUUAUGUGAAAUUCAGCCAGUGUCUUAUAGAUUCACACUGCCAAAACAUGCCUGCUAAAUGGCUUAUUUGUAUAAUGAUGUUACUAAAGUCACGUAUAAAAAUUAAACUACUUGUAAAGGUGUUAUUCUGGUCCCAGGUAGUAGCGUCUUCCUAGUCAUAUUAGUUUUAUUUCGUAUCUGAGAAGUAUAUAUAUUUUGUGGUAAAAAGAUUAUAUAUCAUAAAAUAUGCCUUACUAUUUUAAAAAGUAUAUAUUCUACCUAUAUAUGUAUAUCUCUAAACUGUUGUUAUUUUAUUAAAAUCUGGCAAAGUUAUAUUCACAUUAAAACAAUGUUAUUG